CGGUAGCUCCAACGAUAAUCCAAGCCUACACCAUCCAAUCUGCGUCUAAGGGAACUCCAUGGAGUGAUUUGGUUUCUCGUCUCUUCCCAGCCUUCUCUGCAGUUGGGAACCUGGGCUGAGAAAUUCGUCGGCUGCAUCAAUGGCCGCACCCUUGCAUCCACUCUCCAUCUCAUUCCUUAUCCCUCACUCCAAUGGUCAGCUGUCGCUCUCCCUCCGUUCCUUCCCUCUCUCUAGGAAAACCCACUUCAGAAAUUCCAGCGCAAGGCGAAGACGCGUAGAGGCAAGGGCCAAAGGCGAUUCUGUCGACCCCCCAGAUCGUCUAAUCUCUGCAGUUUGCUAUUUCUAUCCAUUCUUUGACGGCAUACAAUACGGAAAGUACGUCAUCACUCAGUUCUCUGCACUCCAGGUGCUGAUUCAGCCUCUGGUGCCCGCAAUAAGGAUCUUCAAGGGCUUCCCUCUAAAUGGGUUCUUAGUGUUCUUGACCCUCUACUUUGUAGUUGUUAGGAAUCAGAACUUCAGCCGGUUUGUGAGGUUCAACACGAUGCAGGCCAUUGUUCUCGACGUGCUGUUGAUUUUCCCUGACCUGCUGGAGAGGAGCUUUCAGCCCAGGGAAGGGUUGGGGCUGGAUGUGGUGAUGAGUCUCGACAGCACGGUAUUUCUGUUCCUCUUGGUGUCCUUGCUUUAUGGGUCUUCUUCUUGUUUGUUGGGGCAGCUGCCCAGGUUGCCGAUCGUUGCCGAUGCUGCCGACAGGCAGGUUUUUUGAUUGCCAUUUAUUGACUGUUGAAGGUUAUACUUAUAAGAAAUGAAGCAAUCUCUCUAAAUUGUGGUUU